AUCUUCUGCUCAGGAGACAGCUCCAUCAGCUUUAAUGCUUGUUUCACUCAGAUGUUUUUUGUUCACUUAGCCACAGCUGUGGAGACAGGCCUGCUGCUGGCCAUGGCUUUUGACCGCUAUGUAGCCAUCUGCAAGCCCCUACAUUACAAGAGAAUUCUCACACCUCAAGUGAUGCUGAGAAUGAGUUUGACCAUCGCCAUCAGAGCUGUCACAUUCAUGAUUCCACUGAGUUGGAUGAUGAGUCAUCUACCUUUCUGUGGCUCCAAUGUGGUUCUUCACUCCUACUGUGAGCACUUAGCUUUGGCCAGGUUAGCAUGUGCAGACCCCAUACCCAGCAGUCUCUACAGUCUAAUUGGUUCCUCUAUUAUGGUGGGCUCUGAUGUGGCCUUCAUUGCUGCUUCCUAUGUCUUGAUUCUCAGGGCAGUAUUUGGGCUCUCCUCAAAGAAUGCUCAGUUGAAAGCAUUAAGCACAUGUGGCUCCCACUUGGGGGUUAUGGCUUUGUACUAUCUACCUGGAAUGGCAUCCAUCUAUGCGGCCUGGCUGGGGCAGGAUGUAGUGCCCUUGCACACCCAAGUGCUGCUAGCUGACCUGUACCUGAUUAUCCCAGCCACCUUAAAUCCCAUCAUCUAUGGCAUGAGGACCAAACAAUUGCAGGAGAGAAUAUGGAGUUAUCUGAUGCACUUCCUCUUUGAUCACUCCAACCUGAGUUAA